CGAGCGCGGAUGAAUGUGCGUGGUACGGUUUUCAACUCAUCGGGUAAUCUAAUCCUACCUUGCGCCCCCUCGGACCCGCGAUAAGUCGUCUUGUCGUAAGAAUUUUGAUUGCCGUUUUUUCCGAUCUCUCUUACUCGCGCCUCACUUUAGAUCGGUUGUGCGACCUCACUAAGCAAGUAGGAAUUAAACUCGAUUAGAAACUAUGGUCAAGACUACCACCUGUGCCACCAGAAGAGGCAAAUAAGUGAACGGAAACCGAGAUUUCCCAGCGAGUGGAUUUACGAACGUCGAAUUUUCUCUGGCAGACGGUACCAAAGUUCAUCCGGUUUCGGUGUCUGAGGUCUCCCCGGACGCCAGUGUAGUCCAGGAAAGAUAUAUAAAUUCGUUUGUUUUAUUUGGAAGUCAUUAAUCACAGCGGGAAGCAUCCGUGUGUACACUGUGCCUGGCCCUGCACUGACUUGGUCUUCUGCUCUCCGAAAAUGCCGGUAGAGAGGGGAGGCUGGAAGUGAUUUACGUAGAUGUUUUGUUACAGUUUAAAUAGCCGUGGAAAAUAGUGCACAGGUCCUACGGUCCAGGGAUAGGGCAGACGGCGAAUGAAUGCAGCUGUGCUUUACGGCAGUGUUGUAGAAUUGCAACAAAAUGAAAUACGGGGAAUUUUCAUGAGCAAGUGAACGAGAAAAGAGUGAAAAUUUAUGUGUGCUACCUGGCCCAGUGCGUUCGUGCUAGUUCUGCUCGUGGGAACCGUUCUAGACAGAGUGGAUCUUCCUCACCUAUGAUAUCAAAUAAUGAUCAACCAUAUCUAAUGAAAAUACGUUCAAUCUGCUUUCGGUAGGAUUGUGUUUAGUGCUGUCGAUAAAAAUAAAGCUGUUCAAUAAAGUGUGAAAAUCGACGUUUAUUUUCCAACGCUAGAGCUAUAAAACAUCAUCGCUCUCUGCCAGCCAUGCAUCGAAAGCAAACAAACAAAUAACCGGGGCCCGGAAUCGGGAAGAUCUAUUGCCACAUCCCUCCGAUCCAUCUGAGGGGUGUGCGAGUGAUAAAUGAUUUUGCCAUAAAAUCAAAAGCAUAAUCGUUAUCGAAAAACAGCAACGGGAACGAGAAAAAAUCCAAUCUUCCACUCCAUUCAGGCGGUACCAGAGCGAGAAACGGAAUAUGAGAUGUGGCGUUUGCUAGUGCUACUGCAGAUCUUUCUCGUUAAAGAAACAACCUUCGGUAUCAAACUGAUGGAGGUACGAGUGCCCAAACACACCAUCAAGGAUCAUCCGGUGCGACUCGAGUGCCACUACGAGAUGGAAGGCGAGGCGCUCUACUCCGUCAAGUGGUACAAAGACGGCAACGAGUUCUAUCGCUAUGUGCCAAGAGAUAAUCCACCAACUCAGGUUUUCCAGCUCAGCGGAAUCAACGUCGAUCUGCAAAAUUCCACCAACGACCAGGUCGUUCUGGAUCCAAUCGAGCUGUCCUCCAGCGGGAAGUACCGAUGCGAAGUAUCAGCUGAAGCUCCGUCCUUUCAGACCGUGUCCGACCACGGUGAGAUGACUGUCGUAGUUCUCCCCGACGAAGAUCCACACAUAACGGGGGGAAAACCUCGCUACCAGAUCGGUGACUACGUGCGAGUAAACUGCUCUUCCGGUCGGUCCAAACCGGCAGUGCACCUGACCUGGUACAUCAACAGCGAACCGGCCGAUCAGGCACUGGUUCGACAGUACGAACCCGUCGUGUCCGGCUUUGACAAACUGGAAACGUCCAUCCUGGGGUUGGAAUUUCGCGUCAAACCAAAACACUUCAAGCGGGGUGACAUGAAGCUGAAGUGCCUCGCCACGAUUUCAACCGUGUACUGGAAGAGCAACGAGGAAAGCGUCGAGGGGGAUAAACCACAGAAAGCUCCGAUGCUUGAGUCGCGAAAGGCUGUCGCCUCCAAUACUCGGGCAGACCGAGUUCAAGCCAACAGCAGUGCGCCCAGCGUAAACAGCAGUAGAAGCACACUGCUUGCGACUAUACUUGGGCUUCUAAUCAUCCGGCUGGCAUCAUUCACGUCCAGCGGAAGCAGCACAAAUCUACGUCGGUUCAGCAGUCAGUUCGCCCUGAGGUAACUAGAAGCCGUAGGCUUUCCGUAGGUUAUUUUACACAUCGAUUGGGAUACGGAGAACAAAACCAAAAUUUUAACUUUAUCGAAAUAUGCUAUUCAAAGGGCAAAUGUGAGGCGAGCUAGUCGUGUUCAUCGACCUGUAAGUGAAGCGAAAAUUGUUGAAUGAGUACGAUGUGAGAGAAUCCUGUUGUUUUAGAUAAAUAAGUUAUAAGAAAUUUAAAUAAUUCAGAAUCAAAUAAAUGUAGAAUCGAUGAAUGUGAGAGAAUGGAAACAGUAGUUGUGACAGAAACGCAGAUAAUGUUAGAGUAUCACUUAUUUAUAACGGCAGUGUGAAAAGCAUUCAAUUUAUUUCAUAGAAAUCAGCGAAAGGCGUUCAAAUUCGUGAGUCUAUGAGCAACAGGCGAAGGGCUGGAAACUAACGAUUUCAUUGAGGUAAAUAUCUUCAUUCCGUUCCGGUUUCGAUACUCAACUGACAGUACGCUUUCGUUUGAUUUAGUCAAAUAGUAUUAUCAUUUGAAACAAAGUCUGUAAAUAAAACCCGAUUUGCUUCCUAUACUUAGUGAUUCAUCGUUCCACCGUUCGAAAUGGGCUGCUCGAGACGGUUUCCAUUUCAAACACCUCCCCCGGGGAAAAUACAGCAAACGUGCACGAAAUCAGGAAAUAGAUUUGCUCCGUUCCCCUCCCCACGAAACACCACUUCGUUCUUAACGGAGCUCCCGGCCCGAAUCGAAAUGUCAAAACUGCUGGUUCACCACGGCUGCAACCUUCUCGUUUUAGAACGCACACUCACCGUAAUUCCAGGUAAACACAAGCUACCCUCCCCGAUAUGGGGCGGGGUAGCACUCACGCGAGAAAAAAAAUCAUACGCGCGGAACCGGUAGUCAGGGUGGAAAACUGAAAAUUAAAUUCGACAUCGUACUGUCGAUGGUGUUUACCGGUGAAAUAUUGAAAAUGGUUGCUAAUGGCUGAACCCAUCCCAACGCGAAGCUAACCACUAAUAAUCACACAACAAAACGUGCAAGACUCGUUUGAGGUUUGAGGUUUAACGAUCUGACAAAGGCCGAAACAGGGGACUGUCAAUCGAUGAUGAUAGGGGAGAUUGUAUCUAUAAAACCAUUUAUUUCCGUGUAGCUUUUCGAGAAGGUCGAUCGAAACGAAUGGGUUCGUCGCGGGACGAAUGUUAAAUAAACCACCCUACCGGGACUCAGCAGUAUCAGCGUCACGAUCAGUAACAUUUUUGCUACCAAUCAAAAACAGCAAUCAGCAUCAGCAGUCAGUUAUGGAAGUGAAAAACAAGCGCACAAAAACGCGUCAAUUUGUUUUUCCGCAUAUCAUCAACGGCACGUGAACCGAAAAUAUCGCACCAUCCACUCAACAAGCGUGGGCCAUCCAAGUAGGUUUGGCUCCUGGCUCCCAUAGCAAAGCCUUCGUUAUCGAAACAAAUGAUGACGUUAUUUAUUCGACACGGUUCGGUCUUCCUUAUUUCGGUUCGUCUGAGCGUACGUUUCUCGGUAAACAGAGGCAACGUCUGCCACGCCAAUACCAGGUAACUAGAUUGGUUCCGUACACUGAUCUGACUGUUUAAAUAUGGAUCAUCGAUUCGUGGAAGAUGGUUGUCAGGCCCCGAACCGAGCUCGGUUUCCGUUGGAAACAGCACUGCGGCUGUCGCUUCAGUCAUUCACACUUUCUCCGAUGAGGUGGGUCAAAAAUAAAGCAGCUGGUUUUCUGGUAGAGCAAUAGGAUAAUCUAGUCGUCCUUGAAGGAGUAGCAAAUGCCUACCGCGGAAAUAAGAUAUGUGGCAAUGAUUGAAGCGUCGGGUUGGAACAUGUGUAGCGUACUGCAGCAGAGAAUCGAUAUUUGAUGUUUCGAAUAUGAAGGACUUACAUUAAAGUUGCAGUCAAAUCUAAAUUGAAACUAAAAUUAUUUUUGAACAGCAUUUCAAUAAUCAUAGCACUCUACUACGGAACAGUAAAAAUACUCAAGUAAAAACUUAGUGUGUGCUUUAAAAGAGAAAUGUCACAAAAGAAUGUUCAAAACUAAAAAUACAAUUUUCACUUUCAUUAAAUUGUAAAUAAAGUUUGUCAAACGCAAUAGGAAUGUUGAUGAUACUUGAUGGAAAAGUAGCGAGCUCGAAAAUUGUACAGCGAUAAUUUAAAUAAAUUAUAAAUGUAUCGUCAUCGUCAUUGCGUUUAGGAAAAAUUUAAUCAGCCCACAAGCUUUCUAUUUUGCAUUUGGUCAAAUAUUCAACACAUGAAAAUGUUUUGCAAUUGCUUUUCUAGCAAUUUGCUCUUAUUGUUGGAAAAGCUUAGAUCAAAAUCGAAUGCUGUCCUCUAUCAAAUAAAUGACCGAGAGUCCUUUGAUCCUUGUUCUAUGUAAGUGUCCGCUAUCGCCUACAUGGAGUGUCUAAAAAUAUAAAGCUAUAUUUAUUCUGCACUCUCUCUUGAUUACUUAACUGCUGUUUCAAAAGUUUCGACGUGAUGUGCGAAUUUGAAAAGUGGAAAAUUUGAAUUCAACGUGUAGAUCUCUGCAAUAAAACAAAACCCAACCUAAUCCCACCCAAACCUGCACUAACCAGAAUCUCUGAUUGAAAUGUUGAGCCACUUGCGAUUUGUGGUGUUCCAUCAAGCACUGGAAACUGCCCUUUAGAUUUCGAAUUUCUAUAGCAGCACUUCCUCGAGUUGUAUUUGAAUAUAAUAUAUUUCAAUUGAAAAUAUUUAACAUUUUCAAGGAACCUCAUCCGCCUGUGGUUUAUUAGUGUAGAAACAGAUAUUCUCACAAGGGGAUGCCAUAGUCGCACUCUUCCUGACCUAAGAAAGGAUAAUAUUUUAUCGAGAUGAAUGGUGUAGCUCUUUGCAGUUUCUUGUUGUAAAAAAGAGCUUAGAGCGUCAGGUCAGAAUGACGGACGAACGCGCCGCUUUUCAGCAGUCUUUCUUAAGAUUCUCUGUGUACUUGCCACAUCGGGCCUUUGCCACUGAAAAUAUUCGCUCAUAGGAGCAAAGGUCCUUGAAACAGGCAACAUCGUGGUUCAGUAGAUCUACGGCAAAAAAAAACUCGAAUCGCGGACUACGCCGUCGAUCUCAACUUUGCAGGCGGACAUGCAGACACGACCGUUGUUUGACAAAUACUUGUCGCCGGUCAUUUGCUCAUUUAGAAAAGGAUAUCACAAUGCUGAGCGCAAUGUGUAUGAUUUUCAACAGGAAGUCGACGAUGACGGACCUUGUUCGACAUCCAUUUGUGCGUCAGCUGCACCUUUUUCAAGAGAGUUCAUUUAUGCAUUGGCUUUGAGCACGACGCAAAGGAAGUGCGAAAAGAGGACAAAAAUUACGAAAGAUAUAAGAAAUUGAAAGACGAUUCAUGCAAUAGUAAAGCAAAAAUGUGGUCAUCCAUCUUUUUCCGAUGUAUGGCUAGAUACUACCGAUGGCCAGAGUUAAAAAUAAUCGACGCUCAUGGUGGUGGACUCAUGGUGAAUAGAAACAAUAUUCAUUGACAAAUCCAUGUUAUUCAUUCAGUUGAAUAUCGUACAAUAAUAUUCAUUUCGCUGAUUACCUAGGCAAAUGUUUCAAAAUGCCGAUAAAGCAUGUAAAAUAUCAAUUAUCAUCGCUUACUUUGUGCCAGGGCCUACUUUGAUGCGUUUGAUUCGUUGCUGCACGUUCGCUUCGUGUAAUAAUCGGAGACGAAUGAAAAGCUGCAUGGAUGAAUGGACGAUUUGUUCGUUUAACGUUUUCAGCUGCGUCACUGAAUAUUGAAAAUAAAUGCAGCCAAAUAUGAUCAAUUUUCAUUCAAUGAAUUUGAAUAUUUGUAACUCUACCGAUAGCAAAUGGUAAAAAUGCGUAAAAACCUGCACAGGUGCGGUGCAUCACUUGUGCAAAAUAAAAGUCGUGACGGAAUUUUGACUUGUAGUUCACUUCUAAAGAUAUGCACCUUAAUCAACAAUUCACUAACCAGGUCACAGCUUCUAAAAGUUUUCUCUUCAGUAUACUGCUUACUAAGUAAGAAUUAGUUUCCAAAUUUUCUUGAGAAAUGUCAUACAUACUUUGAAAUUGAACGAAAAUUGGUUACAACUUCUCCGACUAAUGUAGUAAUUCGGCUCAAUGUUUCCUCCGCGGAUUGAUUCGCCCUCUAUGCCUCGCGCUGUUCCUUUUGUGUGACGAAAUAAUAUGUCUGAGGAUCUGGAAGAGGAGUAUUUCUCAAUGGUUUUUUAACUGAAACUGCUUUGUAAAGUCAGCAAAACUUCUCAACGGCUUAUCUAUAAACGAAGAAAUAGCAAGCUGCAUAGUGAUAAUGCUUUUACUGGUCUUGUUCACGAAUUACCUUUGUCCUAUCAAAGUUCAAUGAAUCAACUUCUGUUAUAUGGGUCCAUCCAUAAAUGACGUAUCAAUAUAUGGAGGACGGGGGAGUUUUGUAUUUUGUGAUGAUGUGUGACGACAGAGGGUAGGGAGUCAUGUCAUGCUACGUAGCUUUUUUAAAUGGGAAUAGGAGUUGACUUGAUGUCACGACAAUCUUACCCGUUUUAUCCAACUAACAUAUUUUGUUUUUCACUUUUCAAGGAAAACCCCACUUGCUAUUUUUACUUCAUUUAUCGUUAUUUCUAAAAAAUGAUCAAACUUUUCAAUUGAUGCCAGCAGCCGGAGCACACCUUCUUUUAGUCACGGUCUAUCUCAAUGUUUUUGUUGUUUGUCAAUGUUUGUUAUGGCUAAAUUUGGCCAAUUCACAUAAAUUCAUCGUUAGUGAGACAUCCAUCGAGUUAGUACCUCAAGGUAUACAUUUUUUCGCUAAAUCAUAAUCCAAAGCUCAGGCUUGAUUUUCUGAAUAGGCAGUUGUGAGAGUUUUCUUGUACUUUUUAAUCACUCGAACCACAGUAACUUCCGAAUAAUCCAGCGUCUUUGUAGUUAUCACGUCGAGCUGAAGGAUUUUUGAGCAACUGAUCAAUUUUUUUUACGUUUUCCUGGAUUAGGAAUAUCUAUGAACCACGUUAGUCUUAAACUGUGAAGUGAAUCGACUGAAAGCGAGCGAAAUCUUUUACAAAUAUAUCAGUGAAAUGCAAAUGCUACCAAUUCAAUAAUAGUCAUGACCUAGUAGAACAUCAAAAAAUCUUAACGAAAAAUCUACUGACUUCCCAAAAAUUAUCAGAGAUGUAACAAUUUGAUGAUUGUUUAUUUCUACUACUGCUCGAGUCAAAGCUACAAACGAGCAAAGUGAACGAUAACAAGUAGCGUCUCGAUGUAGUGUGCAUUGUCCCAAGAACAAAGGAAACGUUGAAUUUAUUAUAGUCAUUAUGAGUGAAAACGUGAGUUGCGCUGCUCCGACUUACGGUUGUUGACUUCAAAUCUGUUUCUAUGCGAUCGUUAGGUAGAAUAUUAUCUAGAGGUGAAAAUGGAGCUUAGGCUUACGAAAGUCACCUGUUUUCAGUAUAAGCACUUAUGCAAUGCAGUACUGGUACCAUUCAAUAUGUUAGACCAAGCCGAACAAUUACUUUUACAGGACUUAAGACUCCCCUGUGUAUAUGGAAAAUGACAAUAUAGAGGUAAGACUGCAUGAGCUACCAACAUGUACCCCGUGACCCAACAGCAAAAUACACGUCGCAAUUCGGAGAAAUAAAAUCCGACACACCUGAUAUUCGGAGAAACUUUUCUCGGAUAUGCCAAACGGUAAAGAUGAUUGAGAAUUGAGAACUACUGUGGUUUGAAAAGAAACUCUCGCUUACUUUUUCGUAUUGAUUAUAGAGGUUUUAACCUUUGGGAUAAAAAAGAUCUAGCAAAAUCUCUGACCCUAUAUGCGGAGUUUGGAAUCGAACGCAGGUGAGCUGCGUACAAGACAAUCGAUUUAUCAACUGCACUGUGGCCGCCCCUUCUCCCGUUCACUCAUCCUCUUUUAAGAUCCAGUUCGUCUGAACCGUUCGCGAAUGGAUUGUACAUCUCUAUUAACGACAUGAAUAAUAACAGAAAAAUAAUUAACCCAAAAAUGCAAAAGGUGCCAGAGAAGUGUUACCUCGUCGCGAAAAAAGCGCUAUAGAAAGUUUCCUGUACGAAAUCCGACAGACACUCAAUAACAUUUGGUUUUAUUUUUAAUUAUAUUUUGAAAAUAUAUGAAAGACCCACUAACUACGUUAAGUCAUCGCUAUGAACCGUGCCGAAUGAACGAAUUAUAAACAAUAUAGCAAUUUCAUUCAAGGACUGCAUCAUUUGCUUCGCUAUUCGCCACUCUCUAAAUAUAAACCGUGUUAAGAAAUAAGUUUCCAAAAUUCGACGCUUUUAAAAUUGCUUAUUUUCUAAAGCGUCUGCCUUUUACCAGCAGGCUGAAACCGCCUAUGAUAAUAUCUAAAUCCAAACCAAAGGUUCUAGAAAAGGGUAGACUAGCCCUUAUUCAUCUCAUUAGUCAGGAUGUCACACUAUUUCGUUGAUAGCUCGACUUAGAGUGACAGGAUUUCGCUUAAAUAGGUAUCUUCGUCUUUGCUUCGUGCUUCGAUGCUAGCUGUACAAUCGUACUUCAUUGUACAUAUACAGUCAUAGCAAUCUCAAUGGUAGGUUGUUAUGCAAAACGGUUUAUUUUGCCUGAGUUGAUCUGCUAAACAUUAUCAGCGCGGAGUGCCUGAUAUGGCGGAACUGUAUAAAGGUGAUUUCCGUUCCGUGAGCCUGAGCUCCGUUCUUAAAUGCAGCAGAUGUUCCAUCUAGUGAAUACUCGGUGAAAUACGAAAAACCUUAAUGUCAUUGGUCACGUUAUUUGAUCGGAGUUCCAAUUUGAACUUUUCGAGAUUCACAUGCCUCGCCAAAACUGAUCACCCCGGCAAACAGUUUCCUAUGUUCUUCAGACAUGCUAAAUUAAGGGCAGUUUUUGCCUUUCUCAUAUAAAGAAAGGCUAUGCAAUCACUGUAAAAAUCGACUUUUUAACCGAGGCCCGGAGGGCCGAGUAUCAUACACCAUUCGAUUCAGUUCGUCGAGAUCGGCAAAUGUCUGUGUGUGUGUGUAUGUGUGUGUAUGUGUGUGUGUAUGUGUGUGUGUGUGUCAUUUAAACUCACACAAUUUUCUCAGAGAUGGCUGAACCGAUUUUCGCAAAUUUAGUUUCAUCUGAAAGGUAUAACGCUCCCAUAAGCUGCUAUUGAAUUUUUAGUUGAUCCGACUUCCGGUUCCGGAGUUACGGGUUGAAGAGUGCGGUCACACAGCAAAUUCCCAUAUAAACUGGUACCACCAUAAUGUUCAAAUGAUGUAAAACAUAUUAAAAUUGAUGUAACAUUACUCUAGUUUGCGGGUCUGGAUCACUAAUGAUCAAUCAAAGCAGCUUUGACCACAUUGGCCACCUAUGACGGUUCAUGACGCCCUCGGGGAACCCGCCAAGUUCCUAAGCUAAUAUCACACCCAUUCCACAACGAAUUCUCUACCGAUUUUUACGAACUUAAUUUCAAAUGAAAGAUACAGUAAUGCCAUUGACUGCUGCUGAAUUUCAUUCUGUUCUGACUCUUGCUUCCGGAGUUACAGGGGUGUUAGUAAGGAUACACUGGAAUUUCCCAUAUAAAUCGGUACAAUCGUAAUACCUCAGAGGCUAAAAACUAUUGAAUGGGUCACCAAAUUACUUCUAAUCGCAGAUCUAGAUCACUGAUUGCCAAUCAAACAUUCUUUGAAUAUAUUGUCCACUAUCGACGAUUCCGGAAGUCCGGAAUUCCGGGCAUAUUCCACAAUUAAAGUCACAUCGGUUCUUCGGUGAUGACUGAACCGAUUUUCUCAAACCAAGUCUCAAAUGGAAGGCAAAAUAUGCAGUUGAGUAUUGCGUAGCCGCCCCUUACCCCCCCCCCUCCCCACCUUGCCCUUACACCUCCCUCCUUCAUCACUCCCCUCUUCUUGGAUCACCCUCACGCCCAGAUUUCCUUCAUCCACCCCGUAUACCGAAAUAAGAUGAAGGAUUUCUGACGCAUCCUCCACACCCACUCUACUAAACCCCCAUUCCCUACACGUUCAAACGCAUUCCACCAACCUUUGCAAAUUAUAAUCACAUGAAGAUAACAUUGAACUCAUGCUGAUUAAGCUAAUUAAAUAUUAUUCUUUUGCCUUUCUUAUAUAGAAAGGUUAUGCAAUUGCUCCAAAAACCGACUUUCUAACCGAGGCCCGGAGGGCCGAGUCUCAUAUAACAUUCGACUCAGUUCGCUGAGAUCGCAAAAUAUCUGUGUGUAUGUAUGUGUGUAUGUAUGUAUGUGUGUAUGUGUAUGUGUGUAUGUAUGUGUGUGUAUGUGCGGAUUUGUUAACAAAAUGUCCACAUCGGUUACUCGGAGAUGGCUGAACCGAUUUUUACAAACUAAGAUUCAAAUGAAAGGUAUAAUAUUACCAUAGGUUGCUAUUGAAUUUCAUUUUCAACCGACAUCUUGUUCCGAAUUACGAGUUGAAGAGUAUGGUUACAAAACAAAAUUUGUUGAUUUUUCCAAAUCAGUUUCUCGGAAUUUUCUGAACCGAUUUUGACAAACUUAAUUUUAAAUGAAAGGUCCAUCAGCUGCUGUUGAAUUUUGUGUGGAUCCGAGUUCUGGUUCCUGAAUUACAGGGUGAUACGUACGAUCACGCAGCAAAUCCCGAUUCUAACGAAUUCUGCGAUGAAUGUAAAAAGGUGAUUUUUUUUCCAAAAUGUAAACACAACUGUUGAAUUUGUAGAUCUAGGUCCCCAACAGUCAUUCAAAGUCUCUUUGGCCACACUGGGCACCAUCGACGGAUCCGGAAGCAUCCAAAUUCAGAAUAACGGUUAUAUUGGUUUCUCGAAAAUGGCAAGACCGAUUUGAUCAACUUAGUCUCAAAUGAAAGGUGAUGCGUCCCCGGAAACUGAUAUUAAAUUCCAUCUCCAUCCGACAUCCGGCUCCGGAGUUACGGGUUGUGGAGUGCGAUCACAUAGAAAACUCCGAUUCAAACCGAUACCGCGAUGAAUGCAAAAAGGUGCUCUUAUAUAUGCUUACCAAGUGUAAUAAGAAUGAAAGACAUUUCCAUAAAGUUAUAUUGUACGAACCAGCUAUUAAAUCUUUGGAGAAAUGAGAAAGGCACAAUUGCACCUUUAGGUGGAUUAAAACAGAUUUUUGUCGUUCGUUUCGCGCUGAUCCGGAUCACCAAACCAAGAAUUAUUUAAAUUUGCUAAAUUAUCGCUUCCUGGGUAUACCAAAUUUCACCUCAUCGAUGAACCAUCUGGUUCAAAGGCUAUGCCUUAUAUUCCAUUUGCGUUAAAUCUAACUAAACUACAUCAAAACAAUCGUAAACAUCACACACAUGAAAGAACCUCAUCAGUCGUAAGAAGAAGGCGCCCAGUUUAGCACUCGCAGUAAAUAAUCAUGUGAAGGCAAACAACUGGUAAAGACUAGCUUCACAUCAAACAUAGCAUUUUCCAGAGCCGAAUUUUAUGUCCAAAUGAAAACUCAAUCUCUGCAAUUAGCAAUUAGUUGAAUAACUGAAAUAUUUGAGUAGUUAUACCUGGAAUUGCAUUACAAUGUAUUAUCAAGUUUAUAUUUAUAGUUUGGCCGCACUGCUGAUUCUUUCCUGUGUGCUGGAUGCAAAAAGUUUGAUUUAAUUGUGGUAAUGUAUCGGAAAAACAUGGCGAUAAUGUGUACCAUAUUCUCAAAUAACCUAUUAUAACAUUAGACCCAUCAUAGCGUUUAACGGGUCCUUUUGAAGUGAAUUAAUUAUAAAUAGAUUCUCCAACUAAAAUAAGAGUAGGGAGACCGGGGCUAGUUGGCGGUGUUUUCAUUUUUCAAUUUUUACUACUUUGAUGUAGGUAGAUUUUGCAAAAUUGUCUCCACUUUUAGAGACAAAAAUAUGUGACGCGAAAAACCCGCCAACUUACCCCGGCCCCGGGGUAAGUUGGCGGUAUGUGAGGAUACGCCAAAAACUAAACAAUCAAAUGGAGAUUCAAUUACUUCAAGGGUCCUUUUGGAACGUGCUGUAUGUCUUUUUGAGAAAACUUUAUAUUAACCGAUAUUUGCCGUUAUAUUUCAUUUUCAAUACCCCGGCGUUUUGACUUUGAUGCGUACUCCCUGAUCAAAAGCAAAUUUUCGAAAUUCUUCAUACAAUUGGCCGGAAUAAAUGUCUAAAUAAAUGGGCCGAUUUUGGAUACAAUUUCAAAUUCAUGCCUUUUGAAGUGUUUCUGAACUUAGAUUUUUCAGCAUUUUUUGUGAGAUCUAACUGGUUUGGUGACUUAUUUUGUACAAUUUUUGAAGUAUAAGGCCAUCAAAAUUUAGUAAAAAAUGCAAUUUUUGACAUUUUUCAUUAGUUUUUCUUAAUAACUAGGUAUCUACAAAAUUUUAAAUGUACAAGAAACACUUCAAACAGUUGAGCCGAAUAUAGGGACGUAAUUUUGCUGAUGAAAACGUAAAGCUACGACUAAUAGAGUUUGAGUUAUUGAAGAAUAAUGCGCAUUCUCGGCAUAUUGGACUUAUGGAGAACGGUUUAUGAGUUUGUGGUUAAGCAUUAUCACGACAUCCUACAUGUAGUCUGGUCAUGCGACGAGUAUUGUGAUGCCAGAUCAUAGCUGAACGAUUUCGUUUGGAUUCUGGAUGUGCUGCUGAUAAAUAUUCAAAAUUUAAUUAUUCUUCUCCUUUUUUUAUCAUUUUCUGAUCUCUAUUACGAGACUGUCGGAAAAUUUAAUGCUGCAUAAUUGAAAACCAAAUGCUAAUCGACCUGGAAGUCAGCCGAGAUCUUCCGUGUACUUUCUUCUACUAAAUCCUCCUUUUGAAUAUCGCUCUUGUGAACGACCCCGUUAUGAGCGUCUUUCCAAAGAAUUGAUAUCUCAUGUGGUUGUCUUUCCAAAGAAUAUUUUGGAUGCCUUCAAAAUUCCGGAGAGUGUUUCUCCUAGUUUUAAUUGUUAAAUUAAAAAAUCUUUCUUGUUAUAAAUGUAUUCAAAGUCUUCAAAAAUGUUUUUUAUUGCCUCCUUUAGUCAUAAUAAAAUUCUGUUAAUAUUUUAAGUCUUAAUAUACAAAAAAAUCAAAUUUCAAAAAAAAUUAUGCUGUAAUGUCCUAGUUUUAAAAACAUUAAAUUGUAGAACAAUAAAUUUGUUGGCACAGUCAAGCUAACGUAAACGUGCCAGUUAAAAUAAACAAUCUGAAUAAAAAUGCGACGGACGAACUUAAAUAAAUUCUUCAUUUGCGUAAAGAGACAACAUUCACUGUUGCAUUGUUCCCAAAUGCAUCGUCAAGAGUUAUCUUGAAUUUCUAAAUACACCGCGUAUUGUUUCGUACAUAUCUGCAACGAACUACGAAGUCAGAUUUUGAAUUCUGAAAUAGCGCAGGAUUCUUGAUGGUAACUAGGGCAUUCAAUAGUUUGACAUGUCGUCCUCUAACGAGAUAUUUCGACUUUUGCAUUUUGUACUUACAAAAUAUAUCAUGGAGUUUUAGAGGAUAUUUUCUACAACGAGCUAUGAAAAGGAGCACGAUGCACGUUUGAAUUUUCCAUUUAAGUUGAAACAAGUCUAGUAAGGAUCGAAUUCUACGGUUUUUAUUUUUUUAGAGCUUUUGCCUAGAACUUAACUCCAAUAGGUCGAUAAAUGAAAAAUGAUGUCAUGUGUAAAAAUGAGGAUAGAGGUUUUUCCAAAAUAAUAAAAUGAAUAUUUUUUUUAAAGAUAAUAUUUCGUAGCGUGCUUACCGAUAGUGAUAAAAAAUUAUAAUAAUUAGGGGGUAAAACAAAAUUUAAUGAUUCGAAAUCGAAAAUCGAACGGGGAAUGCGUGUCAAAAUUAACCAGUAACAAUUUAAUAUAUGCUAAAAAGUAAGUUAUUUAAUAUAUGUUAAAAAAGUAAGUUACAGUUAACGGGCGCAGUCUGCUAAACAGAACACGAGAAAGUACAUUCAGGGACGUAGCGUGUUCUAUUGUCGCCCUUGGCGGAGUUGCGCCUUUUUGGUGUUUACUUUGGCUCCUUUACAGUCAACACUACCAUUCAUUGAAUUGUUCAAGUUUUGACGUUCAGUGGGCCGAAGAAAAGCGAUUCGAAUUAAAUGCUUUUUUACAUAUUCGUAAUGAGGGGAAUUGCACUCGAGAAGUGCGCGAAGAUUGUGAGAAUUCUACAGGACGGCACAGUGGGCAGAAUGCUACUUUCAACGCUCAAAUCCUCUAGCGCCCUGGGUAUGUAUCCUGAAGGAUUUGUGUCUUCGGAAAAGUAUCUUGGAUGAAAAUAAGCAUUAUUUUGACAACUGACUGAUAAACGUUUCUUGCAAAGAAUAAGCACAGCCAUAUGACUGAACUACAAUUCGGAAAACUGCAGAAAGGACUAGACACAGCAGUAAUUUAAAUAAGAUUACUUUAUAAAUUACUUGAUAAAUUUAUUCUCAGUUCGAAAUAUUAUAUUUGCAUUCGAAAACAAGAAAAUAUUUACAUAUAUUUUAGUUUACUCAAAAAUUCUCUAGCGAAGUAGGAACUAUUUAACUUGAAUUAUAUUUUUUUCCUCAUUUCAUUUGUCUGCAAAAGGCCCAUCUUGCCCCACUUUUUUCUCUUCGUGAUUAUAAAGUUAAAGGUUUUUACUAGUCACAAACAAAAUUCCAGCUGCCGCCAUCUGCCGCUUCGUGGGUUAUUACAAAUUUUGUGGAACAUGUUUUUUAAUAUUUUUGAUGAAAACAACCUUAAAAUGUCAUGAUAACAUUUAUCACUCUUUUAAGCAUUUUUAUUAUUGAAAAUUUUCGAAGAGUUAGGGAUAAAACAUUCAUUUCUAGAUAUAUUUUUCAUAAACAAAUGUUAAAAUUCAUUUUCUCGAGUAUUUUUUUAAAUGUCAUGUAGUGCCAUCUACAUAGGUUAUAAAGUAUAAAUGUCUUCAGUACAUGUGUUAGAAAUAUCAAAACAAACAACUUUGCCGAAGAAAGUUUUUUGAUAGAACACCUCUACCAAAGAUAGAACUGAUCUAGAUCAGUUUCUACUUAUCUAGAUCAAAACCAAAGUUGUCAAAAUAAUGAUCAUUUCCAUCUAAGAUGCUUUGCUAAAGACACUAAUCCUCCAGGAUAUAUACCCGGGGCGGUAGAGAUUUUGAGCGUCGAAAGCUUGCCCCACUGUACGACGUCUGAAUUUGAUAAAAUCACGAAUAAAAUUGAAUUUGCUUAUUUUUUCUUUCAUCUCAUUUCAUUUCACAUAUGAUUAAAAAUCCUUGAAACAUUUUUGAAGUCGUAAAUUGAAAAUCCAAACUUUAAAAAUAAGGUUCCAUUUUUGGCACGGUUCCGGUUUUGGCAACUGAAAAAAAUAAAAUUGUUGCCAAAAACGGAAUCCUACUGUAACUAUCAAACUUCGUUAACAGAUGAGCAAACUAUCACUAUAAUAUCUAACUUUUUAAUCAACACGUAGCUCUCAAAGUUUGGAAACAAUAGUUUUGACCGUCUUUCGUUUGAAUUUUCAAUAGAUUUUUUUUGAGUACUCUUCUUCAGGGUCUAAAAUUAAUAAAUUCUACACUAUAUAACGCCACCGUAAUUGUCAAAUUUUCAAUGGUUUAAUUGUUACGUAAACAAAUUUUAAAAUAUUUUUAUUAUGAAACAUCGAAAUUACUGGAAACUACUAAUAUAAGUGCAAAAAUUCAUUUCAAUAGUGCACGUUGCCGCGAGGUACAAAUCCCCGACUACAUACAUUCCAUUUGAACCAAUAUAUUCUGAUUCCUGAUUUUGAUUCUCGCACGUUACUGUGAUAUGCAUUUGACCGUAAACGGAGAUUUUGAAUUUAGCCAAGCAAAACUGAAUUUCAAAUUCAAUAUUUAUUUUAUUUCUGUAGUACAUGACUUUUCGUGAAAAAAAUAUUGGGACUCAAAUAUUGGGAUCACAAAAAAUGCUACACACAACCAUAGUUCACCAAAUACUCAAGGUUCUUCAAAUAUGUUGAAAGGUAUUUGACUCCUAUGAUCAGAUUUAGGGUGAAGGAAGGGUCGAUUGGAUCAGACUGUUUCAAUCACACUUUCACAGACAUUUUUAAAAUUUUUCGGAGUUUUGCUCCUUCAUGACGGGCUUUUUUGGUACGGCGGAGUGUCGCAGAAAAAUAACAAAAUUAAAACUAGUUUUUCGCGUUUCGGAUUCUCCUCAACAGUAUAUACUUUUGUUUCAUUAGUAUACUACUCAUGAUCGCAUAUUUGUCCCCUUUUCUAUGGGAUUUCCUAUUUUUGAGGGACAGGCUUGCGAUCAUAGGCAGUAUAGGAGUUUUUUAGUACUAUUCAGAGCAAAUAAAGGCGCUAUAACCUAGGCUUAUUAGCCAGGACAAGGUGUAAAUACCUCUGUCCCAUCCCAAAGGACCAAAGGAGUGACAUUAACCUUCUUAGCAAAGUCACUCCCAACAAUUUAUCAUACAUAUCCCCUUCAAACUGAAGCGGUCGGUACGGUUGUCCUCGUUUCUUCCUCUUUUAAAAUUCAAAACAAUUCGUUAAUUAAAUUAUUCAUUAAAUGAAUAAUUUUAUUACCGUCUAUUUUUGAAACAUCUUCAAACCCAACUCUGCACAGCAGGCCUGGCCGUUUUAAUAUUUGCGACAUAUGAAAAUAUACUUCAAAUAUUAAUAUUGACAAGAAAAACACUACAGAAUAACUGCAGUGUUUUCCAGGAUGCUUUUCAAUACUGGCUGUGUAAGGGUUAGAAUAGAAUAGAAUAGUUUACUUUGGCUCCUUUACAGUUCAACUUUCGAACAAUUAUUUAGCAUGUACUUGGAAAUGGCACAGGGAUUUUAAAUUUUUUUUGCUUAUCCCUAUUAUUUUGCCCUUGUGGGGGCCAACUCGUCCAACUGAACGCUACGGGUUUGUAGCCCUAUCAUUUUCAUAUACUCUGAAAUACCGGCUCCGACUGAAAUCGAAGUAUAUGCGAGUCUUAUCAAGCCGCUAGUAAAAUAUCUUGUAAAAUUCAUAAGUGGGAUAACUAAAUAAAUAGUUUGAGAAUGAGAGCAAAAAUGUGUAACAGAUCCUGCAACAAUCAAAUUUUUUUUCGAUAAAAAAAAUAAAAGAAUAUUUCAGUAUAUUGAUCCAAACCAUGACAUUCCUAACGAUAAUCAACAAUUUUCGAAAACUGUUUAACCGAUUGCCGUUUGAGCCAAAUCAUGUACGUAAACUUCUAUAGUGUCAUUUUCGAUGUGUGCGGGAAUGCUUUAUUUAACAUUGCCGCAUUUGGUGAUGUGAUGUGAUGGAUAUUGUUCUGCGAAACAAAUCGCUCAGCUUGGUAUUAACCAACAUUAAACAUUAGUUCCGGAACACACAAUAUUUGAUAUUAUGCAUUUGAAGGGUUUUGAAUUCUGCCAGAUUGAUUUCCAUCUGCACUUUUAGUAACUGUAGGAGAAAAAAGGAGUAACUGAAAGUAGUGCGGUGGAAUGUGAUAGAUAACGGAUUAUAACGUCAUAAAGAAGCUUGAAUGGCGCAACGCUAAGGAGGACGAGCUCUAUUUCCAUAACCCAAUCAGGAUUGGAAAUCAUAGCCCAUUUUCUUUUUUUUUCGAGAGUUGUCCUACUGGAGCUAUAGAGCUAGGUUCUCGGAAGGGCUCCCCGUCAGAAUCACAUACUACAAUUUGCAGACGAGACAGGCAAUGUCGCCCACUAAAACACUGCAUUAGGCCAAUUGUAGCGGGCCGUGAUUCUGAAUGUGAUAUUCAUUGUACGGUUCAGGUAUGUGCGGGCGCAGGGACUCGCGAUCGCGUGUAUCAUCGCGAAGGGCUCGAACAUUUGUACGUUAACGUGCUCGAUCGCGUGUGCGUUUGUAUGUCGCGUGUGAUAACGUGUAACUUCGCAUGUAUAAAUUCUAUUUCAUAACCGUGUGCCUUUCGCAUAUUCGCGUGUGUUCUAGAAUGAUCGCGCGCGGACCGUGAAUCUGAUACUUAAUUUUUUUUGUGUACGGUUUAGAUUCCAGAAGAAAGUGGGUUCUUCCAUAUCAUUAGAGUUCCCAAUCAUGUCGCCGUAGAACGCGUGGUCUAGUGGAUAUUUUUUUGAUUGGUUUAACAGAAUGUAUGGACCUAAAUUGCUAGAAUGAAGGCUAAAGAUUUCCGGACGUGACCGAUUCAUGAUCGCGUGCGUUUGCGGGUUCGCGUUUGAGACCGCGAUUGUAACUUCGUAAGUACUAAAACGUUCAUACAAUUGCCGGGUGUUAUCAAGUUUACGCGAUCGCGGGCAUAAGUGUACGUAGAUGAUCGCGAAAGGCUUAAGCGUUGGUAUGUUGACGUGUUUGUCGCGUGUGCUCGCAUGUAUAAAUUCGAUUUUGAAACCCUGCGGCCAUUCAUAUAUUCGCGGAUCGUCAUUCUGAUCUUUAGUUUUCGGUGUACGGAUCACAUUCUGACAGGGAGAGAGUUACCCCAUAUCACUAGAGUUUCCGGUCACGUCGCCAUGGAACGUUUUGUCUAGUGGAUAUGGGAGUUAUUUUUCAUUUUUUUUUUAUUAAUUAACAAGGGCCUAGAUUGUUGGUACCGAGGAUAGAGACUUCCGGACGAUCCCGAUUCAUGAUGGCGCGAGCGCGGGAGUUUGUAGGUUUAUGAGUGUUGAGAUUUUCACCAUAUCACCGGGGUGUAAUCAUGUUCGCAAAUUCGUGUGCAUAGGUUGCUUGGAAAAUCGCGAGGGGCUCUAACGUUUGUGCGCUAACGUGAUUUUAUAACGUGUGUUCUUGAGUGGUCGCGCGAACCGUGAGUCUGAUAUUAAACUUUCGGUGCGCGGUUAAAAUUCUGGCAGAGAGUGGGAUCCCUUAUAUCGAUAGGGUUCCCGGUCAUAUCGCCAUGAGACGUGUUGUCUAAUAGGUGUGAGCGUAUUUUCUUAAAUGGUCCAGCUGAAGGCACGGACCUAGGCUUCUAGGAUCAAGAAUAGACUUCCGGACGUGAUCAAUUCGUAAUCGCGUGCGUGAGGGCAUUUUUAUAGGUUCCCGCUUGAGACCGCGUUUGAGAAUGUGUGAGUGUUAAGACGUUCACUAUCACCAUCUUUGCUGACCCAGCUGAAGGCGGGUGUAGAAUGGCAGUAUAGGACUCGAAAAGAAGAAAUAAAGGGCAACAUAUGAGAGACGUAAUAGAUUAGAUAGGUACAAGACACAGCUGAAUUCAUGAUCAUCACAUGAAAGACAUGCAUUAUUACUUCAAACUCUUCCAAUACUUGAAUAGCCAACCACCACACAUAGCACAUCCUUUCUCAAUUAUCUAUUUGUUACUGGUUGAUUGUCGGCUAUGAGAGGGUAAAUAGAGGAAAGGUAUAGAACAGAAAAAAGGCUCAUAUCAGCUCUCCCGGCUUCCUCGAUACACCACUAUCGAGGCGUAUUGUAAUCAACAUCUUGAAGCGGAUUUCUUAUAUAAAUAAAAUCCUGAGUCAUAAUGAUUGGUGGAUUAUUAACAUGAGAACUAAUUAACCUGUAGUAAUAGUAGUGCUUGGUGCAAAUAGAAACUAAAAAGAGUGAAGGUCCUUAUAUUUAGAUAACUAUUGAAUCUAUUGUGGCUUGAUGAUGUUUACAAUAUUGUCAAUCCCAUCAGCCUGCGAGAGCGAUAAAGAAAUAGAUAUUACAUGCAUCUAAACAACUUUUAGGUGUUUGGUGAUGUGGUUCACGUAGAUUGGAUUUCUUCAAAAACUACGUGUUUCAGUUUAUUAAGUUGAUCUAGUUGAGCACUACCUACUGACUGUUUAAGAGUAGGUUCCAUCCAUCAGAGAUUGCCAUCUCUGUUUCUGAAAACAGCGAAUCCGAUUCGUUAUAGACGAGUGUUACUCGCCAUCUUCACGAGCGACAGAGCGAUUUAAGAGAUAAAAACACCUUCAGUCUGAUCAUCUCUUAUGGAUGACAGUCCAUUGAUCCGAAUCGAAUGACUCGAUCACUAUGCUCAAGAUCAAAUGAGUCCUCGAACAACCGAACCAGUAUGUUCCCCCAUUUGAAAGUAGAAACAUCCAUAUCAGCCGUUCGCCAAAACACUCGAUCGAAUGAUUAUUAGUCACGAGAUUCGAAGAUCAAUGAACCAGCACUCGCUCGGAUCGGACUCUUAUCGACCAAGCAAGAGUACGCGCCCAUCAGGCUCACCACCCAGGGAAUCAUAGCCCAUUUUCUAAGUAUAAAAACUUGUAGGCUAGAAGUGGGUAUACAACCAAAACGUCAAUGGAUUCUGAAUUCCUAAAAGCUAGGAAUAACGAAAAAAUCCGCAGGCAAAAAAUAAGCUGCAAUAAAGUACCGCUGACUGAUCGGUGGGCUAUUUAGCACGACCGAAAAUAACCAAAAGUGCGGCUAUUUUCGGGUAGAGAUUCUCGGCUCCUAAAGAACCCGAUUGGCCAGUUGAGUAGCCGUGCGACUUGAAGGCUACCAGAGAUUCUAACUCUGUCUCUGUAGGUGUGGACUGCUCGAUAAACCACUUUUCAUAUAUUGAGACGCCGAUUGGCCCGGCGACAGCGAGAGCAGCCGUGUUUUCUUCGGAAGCACUAGCAUUUCGUGGGUUAUUGUCCAUUAAUGUAUUAUAUGGAUGCAUUCAGCGAAACGAAGCCAUCUUGAUAAGGCAACUUACACGCGACUUUGGCAAAAAUCAAAAGAGAUCAACUGUACUGAAAAAAGGUAAUCAAGGUUGCCUAGGGUUUGUGAAGACCGAACGAUGCAACCAUUGAUCUUAUGACACAUCGACACUAGUGAACAAUUUGUUCAAGAUUUGUGUGGUACGAAGCAAAUUGUCUUGGAACUCUGCCUGAUCUCCUGGCUAGGGACAUUCUAAUAAAGCCUUAGGAUCCUCAAUGACAUGCGAAAUUCUCGCAUUAGUGCAUAUGUGGGAAAAAAGCCUUUUCGUUUUUACAUCGUGAUCAACUGGUGUAGUGCAAAAGAGAAAGCACCCAUAUUACGAUGUUUGAAUGAGCGUAGCACCGAGUACAGCGGUGUACUGCCGUUAUAAGCUUAAUUGUUCCAUGUUCUAUGGGAUUCCCUAUAUACAUGGGACAAUUAUGCUUAGAACGGUCGUGUAGUGCUCUGUCAAAAACGAAAAUGCCAUAAGCAGGAGUAUGGAGAGGUACAAUGAUUAUAUCUUCGCGCAUCUACACGCAUCCAAGUGAGCCUUGCCUUACAGUGGCGACGUACCCUUCGAGCACAAAGAGCGAAAGAAAAUCAAUGUGUGAUAAUAAUCCAUGGGGUUGCCGUCUUAGCACCUUCUUUAAUACGUUUCCAUUAAAUAUUUAAUUUGUUCAGUUCCAGUGAUGUAUUUCAUUUAGCGAAUCUAUAGACAAAUUCCACAAGCUACUACGGUUUACCUAACGUGCUGUCAAAUAUGACAAAUCUCGUGACUUAUCUCUUUAGUGUACCGUACUGGAAUCGGUUUUGUAAUAAAGUAAAUUUCACGUGUUUCGCACAAAUUUGCGCAGGCAAAACUUCAUCCAUUAUUCAGAUAUAUUUCAAAACGUGUCAGAUCACAUCAAUGAAACUUCAUACAGAUUAAAAACGUUCAUUUCCACCCUAAUUGGAUAAAAUUUGCCAUGAAUAAAUAAAAUCUAUCAACAUUAGUCUCUGGUUUAAACUUUCAAACAAGCAUCGACCAAAUGGAAGGGUGCUCACAAAAACCUCCAACAUUUAAAUUCGUGGAAACUAUUUCUAUCCUAUUAUACCUAAAUACGAGCCUUGAUGCGCACGAAAAUAGCAACAAAGUCCCUGCAAAAAAAAGCGAAACAAAACCCACUCAACACCGCAUAUUUCAUCAUAUCAAAAGCACGAAAUCAUAUCAAUAUCAUUCGUCAUUCAAUUAAAAUCAUGUGGUGAAAGCCGAUAAACCGAUUGUACAUAAAUUAUGUGAUAGAUUAUGACCAAACGAUAUCUCUCCUCCCAAAAAAACCCGACAGCACAAUCCCCCCGCCCCCUGGACAGGGAAAAUGAUUCUUCUUUUCAAAGUGAUGCGUAAUCCAGAUCCUCCCAAAG